AUGGCAAAGGGGAAGAGUAACGGCGGGGUGCAGAACCGGGCCAUCUACUCGCGCGUAUCUUUUCUGCAGCAGGCGGCAGUAUUUCUCGCGUUGUCACGCUCGCCAUCGCCAUUGCCGCCGCAGCCGCCGUCGGUGUCGCCUCGCCAUUCCUCCACGGGUUCGGCUCCGGCUUCUCUCAUUGACUCUGUCUCUGUUCCCGGCCCAAGCUUCUCCCUACACGGGGUGAGCCGGCGGCUAGCCACCGAUCUGCGCUCCAUGUCGCUCAAGACUAGGAUUCGCCUCAGUCCGGCCCUGAAGCAAACGAUCUGCAAGUUCUGCGACUCAAUUCUCGUUGAGGGGGAGACAUGCACCUCUUCCAUCGAGAACAAGAGCAAGGGCGGGAAUAAGCCCUGGGCGGAUGUUCUGGUGCGCAAAUGUCACACGUGUGGCAGGGAGAGGAGGUAUCCCGUCCAUGCCGCCCGGCAGAGGAGGAAAGGGGAGAGAGAUGUGGCCGACAUCGAUUCUCCGCCACAGAAGCAGCAGCAGCAG